GUAUCAGUCGUGUCAUGUCAAUAUCAAAUGAAGUAAAACUGUUGUCGAAUUGUCUAAAAAAUGUUGAAGUGAAAACAUUCUUUUCGCGUUUACUUACGUUUCAAGCAUAUUUAAUAAGAAAAUCAGAUACGAUCCAGUUAAUCUAAAAACUUUCAUAAUUAGUACUAAUUUACAUAAACUUAGCCAUAAUGAUACAUAGCUUAUUUAUCAUAAACCCAUCUGGGGAUGUAUUUCUAGAGAAGCACUGGCGGAGUGUUAUUCCAAGAUCUGUAUGUGACUACUAUUUAGAAGCUCAGCGUGCAUCACCCAAUGAUGUGCCUCCUGUGUUGGCAGCCCCGCACCACUACUUGAUAUCUAUACAGAGGGGUGGAGUAGCUCUAGUAGCUGUGUGCAUGCAGGAGGUGGCACCACUCUUUGUGAUUGAGUUCUUACAUAGAGUUGUUGAUACAUUCCAGGACUACUUUUCAGACUGUACAGAGACUAUUAUUAAAGAGAAUUAUGUAGUUGUGUAUGAGUUGUUAGAUGAAAUGCUUGACAAUGGUUUCCCUCUGGCGACAGAGAGUAAUAUUUUGAAAGAACUGAUUAAGCCUCCAAACAUUUUAAGGACCAUUGCAAAUACUGUUACUGGUAAAUCAAAUGUGUCAUCAAUACUGCCAUCUGGUCAGCUCUCUAACGUGCCAUGGCGUCGGUCGGGAGUAAAGUACGCCAACAACGAGGCUUACUUUGACGUGGUUGAGGAGGUUGAUGCAAUCAUUGAUAAGAGUGGCGCUACUGUGUCUGCUGAAAUACAAGGAUAUAUUGAUUGCUGUAUAAAAUUGAGUGGAAUGCCAGAUCUGACUCUUACAUUUGUAAAUCCGCGCUUAUUCGACGAUGUAUCAUUCCAUCCAUGUGUAAGAUUUAAACGUUGGGAGUCUGAGAGAAUUCUAUCGUUCAUACCGCCGGACGGCAAUUUCCGGCUCAUGUCGUACCACAUCGGGUCUCAGAGUGUGGUGGCGAUCCCGAUAUACGUGCGCCACAAUCUCACUCUAAGGUCUAAUGGGGACCAGGGCAGGCUGGACCUCACCGUAGGACCCAAACAAACCAUGGGAAGGACUUUAGAAAAUGUAGCGUUAGAGAUCUGUAUGCCUAAAUGCGUGCUGAAUUGUUCGCUAACGGCCAACCAAGGGAAGUACUCCUACGACCCAGUCAGUAAGGUGCUGCUCUGGGAUAUAGGACGAAUUGAAUUGCCAAAACUGCCUAAUAUUAGAGGGACUGUAUCAGUAGCAUCGGGAGCCGACACAGCGGGUGCGAACCCCAGCAUCAACGUCCACUUCACGAUCCCGCAGCUGGCGGUGAGCGGGCUGCGCGUCAGCCGCCUCGACAUGUACGGCGCCAAGUACAAGCCCUUCAAGGGCGUCAAGUACAUCACUAAAGCCGGCAAGUUCCACGUGAGGAUGUGAUCCGAGGCCGACGCCCGCGACCCUUGGAUGUGCCUGGCCAUGACUGCGACCAGUGAACGAUAGUGCUAAGUGCCGUUGGACUAAAGGUUACAUUUUAAUUAAGAUAAAAAUUGUGCUCACGAAUUAAUAUGGGGGCUUACCACUACAUCUUGAAGUAAUAGUGUUUCAAGUUUGGAAGGGAAACUGUACGCUGCGUAUUUCGCCGUCCCUCUUUCACAAGUUGUCGUAAUAUACUCCCUGCACACGUAAAUGAUUUGUCCAAUAACAACCGUUGAUAUAGUUUACGCGAGUGUAUUAGCCAAUCAGAAGCGCCAAUAUCAGUGGCAGAGCGGACGAUUUGUCAUUGUAUGAAUAGUUCUAGUGUUACCUAAUAGUUCAAUGUGUGCCCUGAAUGAUGCGAAUCUUAAUUUUUUCUACAAUGUGCGAUCAAAAUCGAUCUUUGUCAUGUAUGUUUAUCCGUAAUAUUAUUGAUUAUCAACAUAUUCAUGUCAAAAUUUAGUUUAAGCUGUACAUACAUAUUAUAUUCAAUGUUAUAUAUAAUAAAACAUUAUUAAGCAGU